AUGGAUCACAACAUGCACGUGAACGCGCCGUCGCUGCACCACUGGGGCUACGCCGCCGGACCCGGAGUUGUCAUGCCCGGCGCCAGCGUCACAACCCCCCAAAGCCAUUGGGUGCCGCCGCCGCAGAGCCACCACAGCGCCCACAGCAACCACAGCCAUGGGCACAGCCAGAGCCACAGCCACGGAAUCGGCAGCCUGAAGCGGACGCUCUCCGAGAGCGACUGCGACGAUCUGUACUCCGAGGAGUCCUCUAAGGAACAAAUCUCGCCCAGUGAGCCGGGCAGCUGCCAACUAAUGAGCCGCAAAAAGCGACGAGGAGUGAUCGAAAAGAAGCGCCGGGAUCGGAUCAACUCCUCACUCACCGAACUCAAGCGCCUGGUGCCCUCCGCCUAUGAGAAGCAGGGAUCCGCCAAGUUGGAGAAGGCCGAAAUCCUUCAGCUGACCGUGGAGCACCUCAAGAGCUUGCAGUCUAAAACUCUCGACUCGCUGAGCUACGAUCCGCAGCGAGUGGCCAUGGACUACCACAUCAUCGGGUUCCGCGAGUGCGCCGCGGAGGUGGCCCGCUAUCUGGUCACCAUCGAGGGCAUGGACAUCCAGGAUCCUCUGCGCCUGCGCCUUAUGUCUCACCUCCAGUACUUCGUGCAGCAGCGCGAACUCUCGGCAAAGAGCUGCGCCAGUCCGAGCGGUUGGACACCGGCUGCUCCCAGUUCCUCCGGCUACCAACCAAACUGUGCAGCUGCUCCCUACCAGAGCUAUGCGGCGCCAGCGAACCCGGGUGCCUAUGUAUCCAGCUACCCCACUUUAAGCGCCUCGCCCUCGCAGCAGGCUCAGCAACUGGGAGGACGCACCAGUGUCUCGCGGACUAGUGGAACUGCCGUAAAUGAAUCGCUGCCCAGCCAUGAUCUCCACUCUGAGAGCAGCAGCCAGCAGCAGCAACAGCAACAGCAGCAGCAACAACAGCAACAGCAACACCAGCAGCAACAUCAGCAGCAACAGCAACGGACGCAGACAACACCUCAACCGGCGCAGCAGCAACACUACACCCACGACCACAGCGCAGUGCAUCCCGAGCAGCAGGUGCCCACCUACAUAGAACUCACCAACAGCAAUCGCCCUGCGGCCUUGGGUUCCGAGAGUCUCAGCUACAGUGCCGCUCCUCAGUACCCGGUCAGUGGACUGCCAGGCCAGGAUUACAACAACUCCAGCGUCCUACAGUAUGCCACUCCCAACGGAGCCAAGCCCUAUCGUCCUUGGGGUGCCGAGAUGGCCUAUUGA